AUGUUAGUUUUUCUAUGUUUGAAAAUACUUGUCGUUAUUGAACCACCAUUAAUUGAUGAAGAUUAUUAUGCACGUGCCGAAGGAAGAGAAAUUAUAUCCAAUUUAACGAAAGCCGCUGGUUUAGCGACAAUGAUGUCAACGAUGCGUCCCGACAUUGAUAAUUUAGAUGAAUAUGUUCGUAACACGACAGCGUGUGCAUUUGCUGUUGUAGCAUCUGCAUUAGGCAUUCCAGCUUUGUUACCAUUUUUGAAAGCCGUUUGUAAAAGUAAAAAGUCAUGGCAAGCACGCCAUACCGGUGUCAAAAUUGUGCAACAAAUUGCUAUAUUAAUGGGAUGUGCUAUACUGCCACGUUUGAAAUCAUUAGUGGAAAUUACUGAACAUGGGUUGGAAGACGAACAACAAAAAGUUCGAACAAUCACAGCUUUGGCUAUAGCGGCCUUAGCUGAAGCAGCAACCCCCUAUGGUAUUGAAUCAUUCGAUACGGUCUUAAAACCAUUGUGGAAAGGUAUUAAACAACAUCGUGGAAAAGGUCUGGCAGCAUUUUUAAAAGCAAUUGGUUCUCUAAUUCCAUUGAUGGAUGCUGAAUACGCCAAUUAUUAUACUCGUGAAGCAAUGUUAAUAUUGAUACGUGAAUUUCAAUCACCUGAUGAAGAAAUGAAAAAAAUUGUUUUAAAAGUUGUUAAACAAUGUUGUGCAACUGAUGGUGUUGAGGCACAAUAUAUCAGAGAAGAUAUUUUACCAUCAUUUUUUAAACAUUUUUGGAAUCAACGUAUGGCAUUAGAUCGUCGAAAUUAUCGUCAAUUAGUUGAUACAACUGUAGAAAUAGCAAAUAAAGUUGGCUCAUCGGAAAUUAUUAAUCGUAUUGUUGAUGAUUUAAAAGAUGAAUCUGAACAGUAUCGUAAAAUGGUUAUGGAAACGAUAGAAAAAAUAAUGACCAAUUUGGGCUCACAUGAUAUACAUUCACGUUUAGAAGAACAACUGAUUGAUGGUAUUCUCUAUGCAUUUCAAGAACAGACAACAGAAGAUUCGGUGAUAUUAAAUGGUUUUGGUGUUGUUGUAAAUACAUUAGGAAAACGUUGUAAACCAUAUUUACUACAGGGAUGUGGCACAGUAUUGUGGCGAUUGAAUAAUAAAGCGGCCAAAGUACGACAACAAGCAGUUGAUCUUAUAGCAAAAAUAGUUAAUGUAAUGAAACUUUGUACUGAGGAAAAAUUAAUGGGUCUAUUGGGUCUUGUAUUGUAUGAAUAUCUUGGUGAAGAGUAUCCAGAAGUAUUGGGUAGUAUUUUGGGUGCACUGAAAGGUAUUGUGAAUGUUAUUGGUAUAACAAAUAUGACACCGCCAAUUAAAGAUUUAUUACCACGUUUGACACCAAUAUUGAAAAACAGACAUGAAAAAGUACAAGAAAAUUGUAUUGAUCUAGUUGGACGAAUAGCCGAAUUGGGAGCUGAACAUGUAGCCGCACGAGAAUGGAUGCGUAUCUGUUUCGAGUUAUUAGAAUUCUUAAAAGCACAUAAAAAAGCUAUCAGACGUGCAGCUGCAAAAUACAUUUGGUUAUAUAGCAAAAGCCAUUGGACCCCACGAUGUCUGAUGAAUGAAUAUCGUGUACCUGAAUUAAAUGUACAAAAUGAUGUUCUAAAAGCAUUAUCAUUUAUGUUUGAAUAUAUUGUUGAAAUGGGAAAAGAUUAUAUUUAUGCUGUAACAUCAUUACUUGAAGAUGCUCUUAUAGAUCGUGAUUUGGUUCACCGUCAAACAGCAAUGUCAGCCACAGGACAUAUGUCACUUGGAGUUUAUGGUUUUGGUUGCGAAGAUGCAUUGGCACAUUUAUUAAGUUAUGUAUGGCCAAAUAUAUUUGAAACAUUGCCACAUGUUAUCCAAGCAUUUAUCUCAGCGUGUGAAGGUUUAAGAGGUUUAUUUCAUCCAGCACGGAAAGUUCGAGAUGUUUAUUGGAAAGUAUAUAAUACAUUGUACAUUGGUGCGCAAGAUUCUCUUAUUGCAGCCUAUCCACGUAUUAUUGACGAUAUUAGAAGUAGUAAACUUGAAGGAAUAACGAAUGGUAUUCCUGUUAAAACGGAAAAACCUGAUGAAUACAGAAAUACUUAUACGAGAUAUGAACUCGAUUAUGUUCUGUAA